UUUCGUGAUGCGAUCAUAUUAAGUGAUUUCCUCCUUCCCUGAGAAUUAUAUAAAAAGGCGAUGUCCCUGUUAGUGAAUUCUUUUAUCAAGUAAAACAACAAUCGAAAUUUACCAUUAUCUAUCAAACGAACUCUAAGUUUUUUUAAUACCAAAAUGUCCUCAGGACGCAAAUUUAAGCUACCUAAACUUCCAAAAAUACCAAAAAUAUUAAAAAAGAAAAAAACUCUAGGUGCUGAAAUGUCGACAGACCAAGUUGGAAUGUCGACAGACCAAGUUGAAAUGUCGACAGACCAAGUUGGAAUGUCGACAGACCAAGUUGAAAUGUCGACAGACCAAGUUGAAAUGUCGAUAGACCAAGUUGAAAUGUCGAUUGACCGAGUUGAAAUGUCGACAGAUCGAGUUGAAAUUAGAAACUUCGUUCCUGUGUUUGAUCUCGAAAAAAAGUUUGCUGGUUUGAAGAAAUCAUCUGACCUCGAGGAUGAGAAACAAAAGUCAGAAACAACAAUUGUUAAAGACUUCGCAGUAAAAUUGGGACUCGAUAAAUUCACAAAAAAUAAAGAGGAGUGGAAAAAAUUUUAUGACUUCGCUGGUUCAGAUUUCGUUUGGCCUCAACCCCCAGACAUUAAUGAGCGUCGCCUAAUUUUUGAUUAUGUCAUCGAUCCUUAUUGGGAGCCAAUCGGGAGUGAACUCGCCGUAAAUGCACUUGAAUAUCGCCGUUUACUCGAUUCCGGCUCUCUUGAUCAAUCGCGUGAAUAUGUAUUAAUCGUUCAUGGGAAAUUUGUCAGAUACGGAUCAAGCGAAGAGGAAAAGAAAAUGAGGGUGAAUUAUCCGGGAUGUUAUUAUGUACCUGUUAAAGAACGUAUUGUCGAAUUACGUAGAUUUUCAGCAUCUGAUGCUAAUACAAAUGUAGGUGCAGAGAAAGAGUGGCAGGUGCAUAUUCGUCUUCGAAAUACAGAUGAUAACCUGGAUGAGGCGGGAAUGGCGAAUGUAGAGCAAGGUUUCCGAAUGAUAAUUGACACAGGUGCAACAACAACUGUAAUUCCAGAUUUUGUAAGAAAAAAACUUAGUACUCGAGAUGGUUGGAAUGUAAGUGCUAGUAAAGCUGGUGGAUAUGGUGCUGGCGCAAGAAUUUUUAAGGCCUCAAGAGACUGGGAAAUUUGCUUAGGUGACGGAAAAGAUUGGUCUGGUUGGGUUAAAACAAACGAAAUUUAUUCAUGGCAAAGUAAUCCAAAUGGUGUCACGUGUGGUAUAAUCGGUUACGACGUAUUAAAUAAUAUUCCCCAUUAUAAACCCUGCAGGAAAUCAUACGUACUUCUUCAAAAUGAUAUUUUCGACAACAUACAACAAUUACUACAAGCUGUAUGAAUAUUCAAAUUCACUAUCUCCACUUUCUUUUAAGAUUUUUUAUCUUCUAACACGGAAAAAUUAGUGGAAGAGAAAGCAGUGUUAAAGAACCAAUUCAAUUAAUGCACAAUAAUAUAAUGCUUUGUAAAGUUAAUUAAUAUACAUUUAAUGCUAUUUAACAUUACUUAACUAAUAAAUAAUACUAUUAAUAUUAAUUGCUAAGAAAA